CAUAAAAUCCCUUAAAAAAGUGUUCAUCUUAUUUCAUCUGUUAUGUUCAAACCUGUGAUUUACAUCUGUUAAUUCUAUUUAUUAUACAGAAAAUAAAAGACACAAUAUGAGGCGUACGUACAGGUCUAAAAAAGAUGUUGGAAAUGGAUUGGAUCGUGACGCCUUGCUGAAUAUGGACAAAAAAAGUUCAGCUUUCGAUGCAUUUUACAUUCAAAAUAUAAAACAAACGAAACGCGAAUUAUCUUGUAUCGGACAGUCAAGUCAGUAUACAGUGGCUUCUAAUAAAGUUCGGAAAAGAAAAUAUGUAAAAAGAAUCUUGAAAGAAACGGAAAAACCUUUCCAAACAGUUGCUUCGCCCUCACACUCGACUUCGCGUUCCGUAUUUUUGACCCCCGACAAAUCUAUACGAGUUAAUAAGGCCUUUGAUGCAUUUGAUAUGCUCCUGAAUUCGUCAUCCGCAAAUGUAGAAGAUAAUACGAAGAAUAAUGAAACGAGUGAGUGGAAAAUGCAAACGAGAAAAGCGAAAACUUACGAAAAAAAGAGAAAACAGAAAAUAAAAAAGAUUAACUAUGCUAUCAGUAAUGGAACAGAUUCAGACAAAGAAAAUUCAAAUGAAACACAUCAAAUUACAUGCAACACCACAGACAUAAGAAAUUACAAACUAAAUAUCGAAAAAGAAACAAAAACGAAUCUUAAAGAGGCUGAUGAAUCAAUAAAUCAAAUUGUUAACAAAAUGUCACGAUUCAAUAACAUUAAGCUAAAUAGUCCAGAACCUUCUUUCAUGACAUACAAUAAAUAUAAACAUAGAUUAACGACAACCAUCAAUUCUCCUAUCUUACAAAAGUCUCCAUUGUGUAGUACUCCUUUCAAAGAAAAAUAUCGCAGUCAAUCAAUUUAUAAAUUUUCUCCGAUACAAACUAAUAAGAUCAAUUGCAACAGUCCAACUUCUGAUUCUGUAAUUGAAGAAAAAAAUGACAGUCAUACCAGUAUUGUGUUUCGUCCAAUUGAAUUAAGAACUAAUGAUAGAAAGUCUCUCAUGGUAAAUAAAUCUGAGAAUAUAAAUGAUGUAACUAAAAUAGGAUCUGAAGAACAACAUAGUUCAUCAACUAAUGAAAUGAUUGAACAUGAGAAAUCAAUUAGUUGUGUAAGUAAUGAAAAUAAUAUGCCAAAUGUAGAAUUGUGUUUGCUGCAUAAUACAGAAGUCGAACCAUUCUUGGGUUUUCCUAUUGGUGUUGAAUCUACAAUAAUAGAGAAAUGUAUUAAUUUGGAAACUCAAUCAACCACUGUAGUUUUGAAUAAUAUUGGCACAGGUGAUUGUAAAGUUGAAGAUCAAAAAGAUCACAACAGUUAUUCAGAGAACCUAGAAAAACACGAAAAAAAAGAUGAUAGUAUCUCAAUAGAUCUUAAUGACACUGAUGAUUGUAAAGUUGAAGAUCAAAAAUAUCACGACAUAUAUUCAGAGAAGCUUGAAAAAAACGAUGAUAGUAUCUCAAUAGAUCUUAAUGACACUGAUGAUUGUAAAGUUGAAGAUCAAAAAUAUCACGACAUAUAUUCAGAAAAGCACGAAAAAAACGAUGAUAGUAUCUCAAUAGAUCUUAUUGACACUGAUGAUUGUAAAAUUGAAGAUCAAAAAUAUUACGAUAUAUAUUCAGAUAAGCACGAAAAAAACGAUGAUAGUAUCUCAAUAGAUUCUUCAGACAAAGAUUCAUCAUAUGACACCUGUAAUAGUGAACACUAUUCCCAACUUGUUGAUGUAAAAGUAAGUGAUGUACAACCAAGAGUAAUGAUUGAGAAACUGAAUGAUUCAGUAUUCAUCAGGUACUAUGAGAAAAUGCUCAAAAAUGAUGCAUGUGAUUCUGAAAAUGAAAACGACAAAUCCAGUUACAACACAAUAGAGUCGAGUCUAGAAGAUAUGUCUAAAUCAUCAAAGUCUGAUUCAUCUUUUGAUGAAUAUAGUCAAAAUUCAGAUGAUGCUGUUUCCAAUAAUAGUAGUUUUUAUGGUGAAAAUAAUGGUGCAUAUAAGGAAGAACACAGCAACAAUGACGAUAAAAUAAGUUUUGUUACAACAAGAAAACGAAAUGAUGUUACAAAUGAAAAAAUGAUUUCAAUGUUUGAUAAUUCUAAAGUUACUGAUUGUAGUGAUGAACUAGAUUUAACUGUGCUGAGUAAUAGAGUUUAUUUAAAUUUUACUUCUGGUGAAUGUGUGAGUACCAGCAUAGUAGAAGCUACUAUUAUAGAAUCUGAUAUGGAGGAGAAUAUUUCUGGUAAACAAAAUUUGUAUACCAAUGAUAAUAGUUUAGAAAACGAAGUAUGUACAGAUAUUGUCAAUAGUAAUACUGAAAGUACAAAUGAAGUGACACUGUAUUCUAUUCCAACGAAAAUAAAUGAUUUUGAAAUAAACACUAGUAAUAAUGAACGAAAGUCGUCUAUAACAAUUAGACGAAAAACUAGACUAUCAAAGAAGACUAAGUCGUUAACUCCCCAAAAAGAUGAUGAACAAGUAAAAUCAGAAAUUACUAUGAAAUAUGAUAUCAUCGAAGUGACUUCUAGUGACAAUGCAUGUGAAGAACAUGGCACUGAUGAUUCUAAUUUCGACAAAAAAGCAGUACAAUCAAAACCAAAAAAAGUUUCAAAGAUAUCUAAAAGACAGAGUAAUAGUAAUAUUUCUAGAGUAGUUAACAGUGAAUCUUCGGAUGAUUCGGAAGAUUUUGUUGAAGAACAAAGACUGAUUAGUAUUAAAAAAAAAGUAACAAAUAGAUGUACAAGACUGUCAAGAAGAAGUACUAUAAUUAGUCAACCAGAGAAACCAAUUAAAAGUUACAUCAAGGUUGAGCAUACCAGUUUUUCACUAGAUAAUAAUGCUUUACCAGAUAAUAAUGAAAGCAAUAAGCAUACUAAAAGAGGAAAUAUACAAAUUGAUGAUGAGAAUUCCACAUUGGCGACAAGAAGCCUUGGGAUAACCAGAAAAAGCCGAGAUAAUAUUCAGAGUUCUGAUUUUAGUUCAGAAGUAAAACCAUGUAUAGUACUACAGCCUGGAAAGAAAUGGGAACGAUCAUUAAGUAUUUACAGAAGAAUGACAACAAUGGAUAAUUUAGAAAAGUCUAUUUUGGAUGAAUCAAUGGAUAUGAAAGGCAGGAAGUAUAGGCAAAGUGUUAUCAGUACAAUGGAAUUGCAAGAAAGCAGAGGGCCACUACACAAUGAAUCCAUCAACAGUCGCAGAAGUACAUUUGUAUCUAAACCAAGCAGAUCGACUAUAAGUAUUCUGAAGGAUCCUAAUAGCACGAGAACAAGUUUAUGUCCAUCUACUGCCUGUGAUGAUCUUAAAGGAUUUUUGAGCGACGAUUGUGAUGAUACGAUUGUCGGGUUAUCAAAACUCUCGCUCGAUGAUGUGGAACCGGAGAUCACCGUUCUAGGUAUACAUGAUACUUCGAAUCGUGUUGCUACAGCUCGAGAUUACGUGUUACGUCGAUGCAAUCAAACGGAUGCUAUACUAUUUGAUGAAUGCUAUCCAGACGCACUUUUGAAAAACUGUCACAAGAUUGGCGAAGGUGUGUACGGGGAAGUAUUUCUUUGGCGUGCUCGAGAUGGCAGAGCUCGAGUAAUGAAAAUAGUUCCAAUUGCUGGUCAUACCAAGGUCAAUGGAGAAGACCAAAAGGACUAUCACGAGAUUAUCUCGGAAAUUGUGAUUGCUAUGGAAUUGAGCGCCCUGCGCGCUCCCAUAGCCGAUAUCGAACGACAUUUUGACGAAGGGAAUGAUACUGACGCUUUGGAUCUACAUGCUAUAGGCAAUGCAACGGAUGUUUUUAAUCAGGUUCUAGCAGUAAGGUGUGUGUACGGCAGCUACCCAUCACGUUUGCUAGAUCUCUGGGACUUGUACGACGAAUGUAAAGGUUCCGAGAACGACAAUCCGGCCAUCUUGCCCGUCGAUCAACAAUACAUCGUACUAGAGCUGGCCAACGCCGGACAAGAUUUGGAGAGCUACCAGUUCAACAACGCUGAACAAGCACACGCGCUGUUCCUCCAGGUGGCAUUCGGUCUGGCCGUGGGCGAGGAGGCCUACCAGUUCGAGCAUCGCGAUCUGCACUGGGGAAACGUUCUCAUCGCGCCCACCGAACAAAAGUUUGCCACGUUCGUGCUCCGCGGGCGGCGGCACUGCACGCCCCGCUGCGGCGUCGCGGCCACCAUCAUCGACUACUCGCUGUCGCGCGUGUCGCUGCCGGCGAGCGCGCCCGCACGCUGCGCCGCGCUCUACAACGACCUGGCGGACGACGACGGACUCUUCGACGCCGUCGGAGACUAUCAGUUUGAGGUCUACCGCCUCAUGAAAAGCAAGUUGGGCAAUGAUUGGAAGAACUUUGAACCAUAUACAAACAUACUGUGGCUACAUUACACUGUUGAUAAAAUGAUAACGGCCCUACGCUACAAAAGAACCAAUACAAAGAUACACAAGCAUUACAUAGACAAAUUGAAGGGCAUCAAGAAUAGAAUUCUCGAUUACAAGAGUGCAACCGAUUUUGUUUUAACGGACAACGAAUAUUAACAAAACAACGAACAAAUUAUGCUAUAUCAUUUAAUUCUAUACAAUUAUACAAAAUGGAUACACUAGGAGAUGUUUGCACGUGUUACAAAAAUGUUACUUAUAAUGUACAUAAUAUUUGUUUUCAAAAAACUAUAGACGCUAAAAGAAUUAUUUACAAUGCAUUAGUAAAGUGUCAGCUGAGGGGUGCCUUAGAUAAGGUAGUGCCUUUAACCAGGUUUAAUAAAUUCAUAUUGUGUUCCAGAA